AUGGAAAGGCUCAUUAGACAGAGUCUUGGCUACGGAUUUGUAAAUUACGUCCGGCAGGAUGACGCCGAGAGAGCCAUCAACCAGCUUAACGGCCUACGUCUUCAGAACAAAACUAUAAAGGUGUCGUACGCCCGCCCGAGCAGCGAAGCCAUCAAGGGCGCCAACCUGUACGUGUCGGGGUUGCCCAAGUCCAUGACGCAGCAGGACCUGGAGGGCAUGUUCAGGGCCUACGGCUCCAUCAUCACCUCGCGGAUCCUGUGCGACAACAUCACCGGCCUGUCGAAGGGCGUGGGCUUCAUCCGGUUCGACCAGCGCAUCGAGGCGGAGCGCGCCAUCCAGAAGCUGAACGGCACGAUCCCCGACGGCGCCGCGGAGCCCAUCACCGUCAAGUUCGCCAACAACCCCUCCAACAACAACAAGGCAGUCCCCCCUCUGGCCGCCUACCUCUCGCCCCUGACCCGCCGCUACGGGGGGCCCAUCCACCACCCGGCCGGCCGCUUCCGCUACAUUCCGCUCUCCCCCCUUACCAGAAAUAUAGUUGAGGGCUUAGGUCAUCGAUGA